AUGAAGGGCUGCAUUUUCAACAUCGAUGCUGGAUAUUUGGAGGGAUUGUGCCGCGGUUUUAAGUGUGGGAUACUCAAGCAAUCCGAUUACUUGAAUUUGGUACAAUGCGAAACAUUGGAAGAUUUAAAACUCCAUUUACAAGGAACAGACUAUGGAACAUUCCUUGCUAAUGAGCCCAGCCCUCUCGCUGUAUCAACUAUUGAUGACAAGCUGCGUGAAAAGCUUGUUAUUGAAUUUCAACAUCUGAGAAAUCACUCUGUUGAACCUAUGUCAACUUUCCUUGACUUCAUCACCUACAGUUACAUGAUUGAUAAUAUCAUUCUACUGAUCACUGGUACUCUGCACCAGAGACCAAUUUCUGAAUUGAUUCCUAAAUGUCAUCCUCUUGGUUCUUUUGAACAAAUGGAAGCUAUUCAUGUUGCUGCCACUCCAGCUGAGCUCUACAAUGCUGUGCUGGUUGACACACCACUUGCACCAUUUUUUGUUGAUUGUAUCAGUGAACAAGAUUUAGAUGAGAUGAACAUUGAAAUCAUUCGUAACACUCUUUACAAGGCCUAUUUGGAGGCUUUCUAUGAAUUCUGCAAACAGAUUGGAGGAACAACUGCUGAUGUCAUGUGUGAAAUUUUGGCUUUUGAAGCUGACCGUCGUGCUAUUAUUAUUACCAUCAACUCUUUUGGAACUGAGUUGUCAAAGGAUGAUCGUGCUAAACUUUACCCACGCUGUGGAAAGCUGAAUCCAGAUGGACUAGCAGCACUUGCCCGUGCUGAUGAUUAUGAACAAGUCAAGGCUGUAGCAGAGUACUAUGCCGAGUACUCUGCACUCUUUGAAGGAGCUGGCAACAAUGUUGGUGAUAAAACCUUGGAAGAUAAAUUCUUUGAACAUGAAGUGUCUCUAAAUGUAAAUGCAUUCUUACAACAAUUCCACUUUGGAGUGUUUUACUCGUACCUCAAGCUCAAGGAACAAGAAUGCCGAAACAUUGUUUGGAUCAGUGAAUGUGUUGCCCAGAAACACCGAGCUAAAAUUGACAACUACAUUCCCAUAUUC